UCAAACCAUUGUGAAGCUACUUCCAAGAAACAAAUCCAACACUACUAUAAAUCUGUCUACUCCCUUCGUCUCAAAACAAGCAAGUUCUUCCUUCUUGUUCAUUUCUAUUAAUUUCUUCGCAUUUAACGAGCUCUUUUUAACAACAUAAGCUGCAAAAAUGAGAAGCAAAGCGAACAAGAGAAGCAAGUUCAUGCUUAUAAUCUUAGCGCCCAUUAAACUUCUUUCCAAGGCUAGAGAUUUCUACGUAAAGGGCAUGCAGGAUUGCAAUGGCCGGAUAGGAAAUUGCGAUGGUGCGAUAGUUUGUCCUACGGCACAUGUUGUGCACUUGUCUAGGAAUUUGAGUGUCAAUUCUUCCAACCCGAUUCAUGAUGAAGAACUCAGAGAGCUUUUACGAGCAGCAUCAAGAAAGAACAUGCAAUUGAAUCUGUAUGGGCAAGCAGAGAAGACGAAGCAGAGGGGUGGAAUGGGGAGGAGCUACAGUGUCGGCGUAGGGAAGUUGGGGAGAAUUGAUGAGGAAGAGGCAUGUGCAUUUGAGGAAGAUUGUUCAAAGGCGGCAGUGCUGUAUCCAAGAAGUCGAAGUUAUGCGGUUACCCGGAAUUUCCUUUCACGGUAGAGAAUAUUAAUACACCAAUGCUUGGUGCACAUGGUCUUGAGUAUCUAAUCAUAUUCUUAAUUUAAAAUCACGAAAUCACAUAAUAAAAUAUUAUUUUAAUACUUAAUUGAAUAUUCAAAACUCCGAUUGUGCAUAAUUUUAUUGUAAUAUUAUAUUGUCUAUGUUUUUCCUUUCAUUAUUUCGUUACAUUCUGAUUCUGGAAGUAUGAAACUGUAGUAAGAAACAUAAAAAUCUACUUUCUUUCUUUCAUUAGUUUAUGUAUUUUCUCCCAUCUUUAGUUAACGGUAUAAAUAGUUGUGGAAAUAUAUGC